CCCCAAUACUGCUUCAGUUUCCGGGGGGGUUGACACCCCGAUUACAUCCUCCCCCCGCACCAAAGCGAGGGCAUCAUUGAAGCCCCCCAUGGUUCCAAGGAUCCAGGUUCUCCACUGCAGAGGCCUUAACCGCCGAAGAACUGCCCGCCCGACGUCCUGCGGCCACACCCCUGGCGGGCCGCUGGCCACGCCCGCGCGACCCCUCCCGUCUCCCUGCGGCCUGGCCAAUGGAGGAGCCACGAAUGGCACGACCUGCCCCGGGUUGGCAGGCUCCGGUUGCACCGUGCCUGAGAGUGCUUCCUUGGAAGGGGAGGCGGGGAGAAGGUGCUGGAGGCUCUGGGGAGAUGGCUUUUGCACCUUUUCCAGCCUCUUGCCCAGGAAUCUCCGAACUACAGCACAGCCAGUUGGCUCAGAAAUAUGGCGGGCUGCCCCUGCCCUCUGGGCCUAUGCGGCACUCUUCUGCCCGGUGACUGACGCCUUGGAAAUGAAGUUUAUGACGUCAUCGCUCCGCUCGGCCAAUAGAAACAGCUCCCGCGGAGAGGCGUUCCUCCCCCUUCGCCUCCGCUGCUUCGAGCGCGUGAGCGCGCGGGCGCGCGCGGUGGGGGUGGGGGAAGUCUGGAGCUGGGUGGCGCGCAUGAGCGGAGAAGCUCCUCCCCCCCGCCUAUAUAUAAAGGACUGGCGCGGGGCUCGGCGGCGCCAUUUCGCGCUGGAGUGGAGCGGCCUCUAGAACGGGCUGGAGGAUUCUGCCUACUGAUACAGAGCCUUCGAGUCGUCGGGGCCACCAUUACAAUCCGCGUCCAUCCGCUUGGAAAUGGCCUUCGUCUCGGCAUAUGACCGGUCCCGGCGGACAGUACAGACCCCAUAGAAGUCCCCGAAGGUCCCCUUUUUUCGGGCCCCGCCCAGUUCUCGGAGUCUGUCCACCCCCUGUACUCCGCCCUCAAGAGGAUUUCAAAGAUGGAGGCGGCGGCUCCCUAAACCACUUUUCGUGUUCAUCCGCCUCCAUCCGAGGUUGAAACGGGACCCCGUCUGCUCCGGCGGGCCUGACAGGAAGAGGGGCCUCCAGCGCAUCCACCGCCGGCUGUAUUGACGACGGCGUCUGGGACCAGGGACUGUCUGGGUUGGUAGAGUACGGUCCCCCCGGCUCGUCCGUCUCCGCCGGAGCCGCCGCCAUUUUCUUGUGUCCACCGCCUGCGGAGCGCGCCAAGCUGCCGGGAGUUCUCCGAGAGGUCGCGGACGAGACUUCGGUGCCGGCCCGGCGUGGGGGUUGCCGCCUGGAGGGCCGAGGGCAACGGCCUUCCCCCCACUUCCCGGGUUAUGCUGGGCCGGGCGGUGAGGGGAACCGAGGCCAACCGGACUGUACGCGGCUGAGUGCGGCGCCUGCCCCCCGGGGUCAAGAUGUUGCAGAACGUGACUCCCCACAAGCUCCCUGGGGAAGGGAAUGCAGGGUUACUGGGAUUGGGCCCAGAGGCAGCUGCACCGGGGAAAAGGAUUCGAAAGCCUUCUCUGUUGUAUGAGGGAUUUGAGAGCCCUACAAUGGCUUCAGUGCCAGCUUUGCAACUGACCCCUGCCAAUCCACCACCCCCUGAGGUGUCGAAUCCCAAGAAACCAGGACGGGUAACCAACCAGCUGCAAUACCUACACAAGGUGGUGAUGAAGGCUCUGUGGAAACAUCAGUUUGCCUGGCCAUUCCGGCAGCCUGUAGAUGCUGUUAAACUGGGUUUGCCGGAUUACCACAAAAUUAUAAAACAGCCUAUGGACAUGGGUACAAUUAAAAGAAGACUUGAAAACAACUACUAUUGGGCUGCCUCAGAAUGUAUGCAGGAUUUCAAUACCAUGUUCACAAACUGUUACAUUUACAACAAGCCCACAGAUGAUAUUGUCUUGAUGGCACAAACACUGGAAAAGAUUUUCCUGCAGAAAGUUGCCUCCAUGCCACAAGAGGAGCAAGAACUUGUGGUGACCAUCCCUAAGAACAGCCAUAAGAAGGGGGCCAAAUUGGCAGCACUCCAGGGCAGUAUUACCAGUGCCCAUCAGGUGCCUGCUGUCUCUUCUGUGUCACAUACAGCCCUGUAUACACCACCACCUGAGAUACCUACCACCGUCCUCAACAUUCCCCACCCAUCGGUCAUCUCUUCCCCCUUGCUGAAGUCCCUGCAUUCUGCUGGACCCCCUCUCCUUGCUGUCUCUACAGCUCCCCCUGCUCAACCUCUUGCAAAGGUAUCAAAAAAAGGAGUUAAGCGGAAAGCAGAUACUACUACACCUACACCUACAGCCAUCCUGGCUCCUGGUUCCCCAGCUAGCCCUCCUGGGAGUCUUGAGCCAAAGGCUGCACGGCUUCCCCCUGUGCGCAGAGAAAGUGGCCGCCCCAUCAAGCCCCCACGAAAAGACUUGCCUGACUCUCAACAGCAACACCAGAGCUCUAAGAAAGGAAAAUUAUCAGAACAGUUAAAACAUUGCAAUGGCAUUUUGAAGGAGUUACUCUCCAAGAAGCAUGCUGCCUAUGCCUGGCCUUUCUAUAAACCAGUGGACGCUUCUGCUCUUGGCCUGCAUGACUACCAUGACAUCAUUAAGCACCCCAUGGACCUCAGCACUGUCAAGCGGAAGAUGGAGAAUCGAGACUACCGGGAUGCACAGGAAUUUGCUGCUGAUGUGCGGCUUAUGUUCUCCAACUGCUACAAGUACAACCCUCCUGACCACGAUGUUGUGGCUAUGGCUCGAAAGCUACAGGAUGUGUUUGAGUUCCGUUAUGCCAAGAUGCCAGAUGAACCACUGGAACCAGGGCCUUUACCAGUCUCUACUGCCUUGCCUCCUGGGCUGGCCAAAUCAUCAUCUGAAUCUUCCAGUGAGGAAAGUAGCAGUGAGAGCUCCUCUGAGGAAGAGGAGGAAGAUGAUGAGGAAGAUGAAGAGGAGGAGGAAAGUGAAAGCUCAGACUCAGAGGAAGAAAGAGCCCAUCGCUUGGCAGAAUUACAGGAGCAGCUCCGGGCAGUACAUGAACAACUGGCUGCCCUAUCCCAGGGCCCAAUAUCUAAGCCCAAACGAAAGAGAGAGAAAAAGGAGAAAAAGAAAAAACGGAAAUCAGAAAAGCAUCGGGGCAGAACUGGGAUUGAUGAAGAUGACAAGGGGCCUCGUGCACCCCGCCCACCCCAGCCCAAGAAAUCCAAGAAAGCAAGUGGCAGUGGGGGUGGCAGCACUGCUACAAUAGGCCCUCCUGGCUUUGGAUCUUCUGGAGGAAGUAGCAACAAGCUACCCAAAAAGGCCACAAAGACAGCCCCACCUGCCCUUCCUGCUGGUUAUGACUCAGAGGAGGAGGAAGAAAGCAGGCCUAUGAGUUACGAUGAGAAGCGACAAUUGAGCCUGGAUAUCAAUAAACUACCUGGGGAGAAGCUGGGUCGAGUUGUACAUAUAAUCCAAGCCAGAGAGCCUUCUUUACGUGACUCAAACCCAGAAGAAAUUGAGAUUGACUUUGAAACACUCAAGCCAUCCACACUCAGGGAGCUUGAGCGCUACGUUCUUUCCUGCCUACGAAAGAAGCCCCGGAAGCCCUACACCAUUAAGAAACCUGUUGGAAAGACAAAAGAAGAACUUGCUUUGGAAAAGAAACGAGAACUAGAAAAACGAUUACAAGAUGUCAGCGGACAACUCAAUUCCACAAAAAAGCCCCCCAAGAAAGUGAGUGAGAAAACAGAGUCAUCUUCUGCACAGCAAGUAGCAGUGUCACGGCUCAGUGCUUCCAGUUCCAGCUCAGAUUCCAGCUCCUCCUCUUCAUCUUCCUCUUCUUCAGACACCAGUGAUUCAGACUCAGGCUAAGAGGCUAUGCCAAGAGGGGCAGGAAGGCUCCGCAGGACGGGACCCCCAUAUCACCCUGCCCCACCUCUCCCCCCCUUGCUGUGAUGCUUCUUCAUCUUACCCUCUCUACCCCCUCUGAAGGAGAGCUGGCUCUGCGGCAGGGGAGGGAUGCGGGGACAUUUGCUGAAGUAAGGACUUGGACAAAUUUGAAUUCCCACCCCCAUUGGGAAUGACCUCUUCGGCACAGAUCCCCUGUUCGGAAUGAUGGGGUGGAGCAGGGGGUACUGGGUGAGAGUAGGCAAAGGCCCUGAUACAAGGUUACUGGAGGCCCUAGAUGCCCUGUUCACUUAAGGGUCCUGUUUUGAGGUUGUUUGUUCUAAUUUAUUUAAGCUAUAGGGGGGAUAGGGCCAAAGUCCCCUCAAGCUUCCACGGGGAGGGAAGAAGGGGGAGCUCUUUUUUUACGUUGACUUUUUUUUUCUACUGUUUUCCCUUUUUCCUUCCACUCCAUUUGGGACCCUGGGGAUUUCAGUCAUCUCCCCAUUUGGUCCCACAGAUUGUCUUUCUUUGUCUCUUGAUUCUAACUUGUAAAUAAAGAAAAUAUUAUUCAA